GUUGUGUACACACUUUUUUAGUUGCCGGUGCGUGCCGACCAAUUUUGUUUAACUUUGUAUUUAUUGCUUUACAUAUUAAAGCAACAAAUAUGGCUGACGAUGAGCAAGAUGAUCAAAAAGAGUAUCGCUGGGAAACCGGCUACGAGAAGACUUGGGAAGCCAUCAAGGAGGAUGACGAUGGGCUGCUGGACGGUGCCAUUGCCGAGAUUAUACAAAAGGCCAAACGCAAGCGACAGGCGGAUAAGAUAAAACAAAAUCGCCUGGGAAUGAUGCGGCACAUGUUCAUUGUCCUAGAUUGUUCCGAGUCGAUGAGCGUACCUGAUCUGAAGCCUACGCGUUUACUAUGCACACUCAAAUUGCUAGAGAUCUUCAUUGAAGAGUUCUUCGAUCAAAAUCCCAUCAGUCAGCUGGGCAUUAUAGCAUUAAAAGCAAAGCGCGCCGAGAAGGUAACCGAGCUAACGGGCACUUCGCGUGUUCAUCUCAAGGCAUUGGCUGGCUUGGCGAAUGUGUCGCUGACCAGCGAACCCUCACUGCAAAAUGGCUUGGACUUGGCGCUAAAGACACUCAAAGUGGUCCCAUCUCAUGCCUCGCGCGAGAUAGUCAUAAUCAUGGGCUCGCUGACUACCUGUGAUCCCGUGGAUAUCAAUCAAACUAUAGAUGAGUUGAAAAGGGAGCGCAUACGCUGUUCGGUUAUAUCGUUAUCAGCUGAAAUUCAUAUCUGUCGCUAUUUGACACAACAAACAAUGGGCACAUUUGGUGCCGUGAUGGAUGAUGCUCAUUAUCGUGAUCAGCUUUUGGCGCAGGUGGAUCCACCGCCAGCUGCCAAGACACAGGACAAUUCACUUAUACGCAUGGGCUUUCCGCACAGCAAGAAUGCGGUUGAGGGCAAGGAUGCACCGCUAUCCAUGUGCAUGUGCCACAUUGAGAAUCUCGAUGAGCCCAGCGAGCUGUCCACCACCGGCCAUCAUUGUCCCCAAUGCAACAGCAAGUAUUGUGAGCUGCCCGUGGAAUGCCAGUGUUGUGGCCUUACGCUGGUCUCUGCCCCGCAUCUGGCACGCUCCUAUCAUCAUCUGUUUCCAGUGCCCAACUUUGAGGAGCUGCCAUUUGAGUCCGUGCCGCCGGCAGCGCCUGAUUGUGGCAGCCUGCGCAAGUGCUAUGGCUGCAUUAAAGUACUUAACGCGCAGACUGACAAAAACGUCUUUAAGUGCGGCUACUGCAACCAGUUUUUCUGCAUCGAUUGUGAUAUAUUCAUACAUGAGACGCUGCACGCCUGCGUUGGCUGCAAUACCAUUCCAGGCGUCGCCGGCUUAGUCUAUCAAAAGCAGGGCGGCAAAUCAGCCGUCGGCACCCAUCAGCAGCAGCCACAGCAGCAGGCCCAAAUGCUGCAGCCAUCCACCUCCAAGCAGCGCAGUCAGUUCAACAUGUAAUCCUGGACCCUUAGCAUGCAGCAUGUGAACUAAAUGCGGGCAUUUGCAUUCAACUGGCAGCUGUCGGGGUUGGGCGCAACUAUGUUUACAAAAAAAUAAUUAUAUGUAGACUUAACUAUUUUAAGACCUAAAGUUGCAUUUACUUUGCAUACAAGUUGUUGCUACCAAGUUUUUUUUAUUUAUGU